CAUUUUUUUUACGUGGGAAAUGUUUUUACUGUUUACAGACAGCAGCGAAAUUGUUGGAUAUCCGUAAUACAAUCAACAACGAAAACACUAGGAAACAGUAGCACGGAUUAACGUAAUACAGUAUAUAAAAUCGCCUGUCAUAUACGAAACAAUUACGAGUGAGGCAACCGUCAUCCGGUAAUAUGACCAUAAACCUUAGCGAAUAAUUUGUACAAAAUGAUUUUUUUUUCAUCGAAUUUGACGCCGCGAAAGUCCGAUACGGAUAUAAGUUGUAAUGUUUCUAGAUUGCGUAUUGUUGGAACAUAAAGAGUCGGAUAUCGAUACGAAUAAAGGAUGUUUUCAUUCUUGCGAGAUGCAUUAGCCAGAGGCUGAAAUGUUAAAGAGGGGUUGCCUUAGUCGGGUCCCGCAUCCAGGGGGAUUAUUUGUCAUGGCGGAGGCGUCGAAAGUCAUUCGUACAAGUGUGACGUUCCGAGUUGGCACACGCUUCAUUCGUCGUGAGACCUGUAAGGUGUAGGUCGUUGUGAGUGGUGUUUCUAUACAACAUCGAGACUCAUUCACCGUCAAUCUAAGUAUCAAGAUGUCCCAGCAGCGGGAUGUCAUCGAACAAAAAGGAAACCAGAUCGUCCGCAUCAACAGCGACAGCAAAACGGAUCUGGACGAUCUGUUCAAGGCGGUGAUGCAGCCUAAAGACAGUCAAGUACCGCAGAGUGUACCCAUGAGAAUGCGCAAUUUACCUCCGUCUUUCUUCAAACAGCCGGACAGGGGAUCGAAAUCGGCGUCUCACAGUAGAGAAUCCAGCACGGAUGCCACAUAUUCUGGACCUCCUCCCCCCACGCAACAACAGCAGCGAGGAUUGACUAUCAACCACCCCAGAGCCAACAGUUCUCCGGCCACUCUUCAGCAGACCUAUACCGCCAACAGACAAACGACGUCGCCCACCCAGCACCUCAGACAGCAAAGUUUUGAGAUUUCCGACGAUGUCCCUCUCCCUUCUGGCUGGGAAAUGGCGAAAACGCCUUCCGGACAACGAUACUUCCUCAAUCAUAUCACUCAGACAACAACUUGGGAGGAUCCACGGAAAAACUUAAAUGCUGCAACUCUUCAUCCUUCAGUUAGUCAUACUUCAGUUGUUUCUCCAACAGCAUCAACCCUUUCUUCUCAUAGUCCUACAUCAGCAGGUCCUCCAAUUACAUUGCAUAAUUUAGGACCCCUUCCGGAAGGUUGGGAUCAGGCUACUACACCAGAAGGAGAGGUUUAUUUUAUCAAUCAUAUUGAUCGUACUACCAGUUGGUUGGAUCCAAGAAUUCCAGCCCACCUGCAACGACCAGUUUUAUUAAGUCGGUCUGGACAUUCACAGUUGCCAUCUCAUCCAUCUGUCCAAGGACAAACUCAGGUUCAGCCCAGUUCAACUCCCUCCAUUACAUCUCAGCUUACAGUGCAGAGUAAUAUUGCAGGUGGUGGCAUUUCUCCAACUAUAACAACCACAUCUGGAACUACAAAUAAUCAAACAAAUUUGCAAUUUCAACAAAAAAUGCGUCUCCAUAAAUUACAAGUUGAAAGGGAGCGUUUACGUGUACGUCAACAGGAGAUACUUCGUCAGGAAAUGAUAUUGCGACGUAACAUUGGUGAAGAAAUGAUCAUUCCUACCUCCCCACCUGGUUCAAAUACAGAGUUGCCACCAGCUAAUACAACAACAACAGGCAUGGAUCCAUUUUUGGGAGGCAAUGACUUUCAUGCUCGACAGGAGAGUGGUGACAGUGGUUUGGGUUUGGGCCCAAAUUACAGCCUUCCUCACACUCCUGAAGAUUUUCUCAUGGAAGAUAAUGAAGAUACAGGAAAUAAUGAUACAGUACAGCAAAACAAUGAUUUAGGAUUUGAUAGUCUUCAAAGCUCAAAUUUGGAUCUUGGUACUGAAAAUAUGGAUUCAGAUGAUUUAGUUCCAAGUUUGCAGGAAGAAUUAAAUGCUGACAUAUUAUCUGAUGUUGAAGCAUUGUUAGAUUCACCAAAUAAAGAUAGUGUUUUGACAUGGUUGUAAGGAGAAGAAAAAAUUGCCGUUCACUGUUAGUGAGAACAUCGUGUUUCUUCUAAUUCAAAGAAAAGGAAAG